AAACUCCCGGGACGGUACUUUACAUCCAAGCCUUUUCAGUCCCACCCGCUACUCUCCAUUCCAAACCCUAAUCAAAACCCUCACACCGCCGUCUACGGCGGAGCAAACCCUAACCUCCGUCUCCUUUCCUCCAACUCCAAACACACAAUGGCAUCAUCCACGGCGGAUUGCGACGUAUCCGACACUAGACCAUCUAUCACCGUCCUCAACAAACGCAUCCGUAACCUAAAAAAAAAACUCAACCGCAUAUCUCAGCUAGAAGACUCCAUCUCUCAAGGCAAAUCCUUAAAAAAUAAAGAACAAGAAGACCUCCUCAAAUCAAAACCGUCAAUCCUCUUCGCCGUUGACGAGCUCGAGAAGCUCCGGCAGCCGUUAACCGUCGCCGUCGAAGAAGAAAUCAGUUUAGCGAUCAAACACCGUCAAGUUGUUGCAGAGAACAAUGAGAACGAAUCUGACGGCGUUAGAGUAAGUAAAAGUAAAACCCUAGGUACCGAAAACGACGUCGUACCGACGGUUAUUGAGGAUUUGUUGAAAUUGAUUUAUUUCGGGAGUAUGUUUGAUGUGAAAGCGCAGAGUGAGUUUAAUUCGGUUAUGUUAACGAGGACUCACGAGAGGAAUUGUUGCUUGACUUAUGAUUAUGUUACGGAUGAUGAUAAUGCGGUUAUGUUAGGAGAAAGUGAUUUGGAUUUGAUUUCGGUUAUGAGUUCGUUGUUGAUUUCGAGACCGGUUGAUUCGAGUUUAUCGCAUGCGAAUGCGGUGCAGAGGUGUAUUGAACAUGCAAAGCUUUGGAUUGAGAAGUCUGAACAGGCCAUUGAUUUGAAUUCCAGUGUUACUUAUGCUGCAUUGAGAGAGAAGCUGGAUAAGAUUGUUGGUUCAGAUUUUUAUAAAAUAACGCCGGAGAUGAAAGCGCCUGCUGUUGUGGCUGCUGAAGCGGCUGGAAAUUACGCGUUCCAUGUUCCCGUGCCGGUGGAAAGCACGGUUACAGCACAUGAACAAAAGGAAGACCCUGCUACUGAUUUCCAAAGAAAUGAGACUCAUGAAGACCAAUCUAGUCCAGUUGAAGAUUCGCUCAAGCAUGAACAAGAAGCCGAAAACUCCCUAGAAAACGAAGUUCCAGUGGAGCAGGUCGAAACACCUGCAGGUGGUACAGAGUACAAAGAACAGUAUGUACCUAGAAGAUCCUACAACCAAAGAGGCAACGGCCGUAGCGGCGGUGGCGGUCGUGGUAGUGGUAGAGGUUACGGGAAUGGGCGUGGUGGUCGAAGUGGUGGCAGAGCAGGCCCCUACCAAAACGGACGUGAUCAAUACUUCGAACAACCAGGAAAUUAUUACCCAAGGAACAACUAUUAUGGCGGCAGAGGAAGAGGUGGCAGGGGUAAUCGCGGCGGUGGCGGCAGUAAUGGAUACAACCAUGCUUCCGGAGGUGAAGUUGCAGAGUCUUGAUCAUUGAUGGUUGUUUAGGCCUGGUUAUAUGGUUUUUUGGUUACUAAAUCUUGUUCGGUAAUUGGUGAAAAUUUUAUCUGUCGUUUCACAUGGAGUUAAAAUAUUCUAGACCCUUUUGCCUAAAAUUUGAAAAACAUUGUUAAAAUGUUUUUUAAA